CCUCACUCCUCUUCCCCUCCCUGGCAUCUUCCUCCCAUCACUAGCUUGGAAGUGAAAAGCUCCAGUGAAGCUCACAUGGAAGUUUUGGUCCUUCUUGCAGGAGAUCUGUUGAUGGAGUAAAAGACCAGAUUUAUGUGCUGAUGACGACCAAAUCGGCCAGUAACCGCAUAUUGAAGGAUGUAAAUGGCAGCAUUAGUGAUCAUCUCCGAAACCACAUACAUUUGACAAACUGUAUUCAUCUCAAGAACCAUAUGCAUAGUAAGCAGAGCCCCAAUAGGUCCCUCAUGAGGGACCUUACUGUCCUCCAGAGAUCAGCAAGGUCCCUCAGGGAUCCCUCUACGAGCCCUUCUGAAGGACAUGAUGAGCCUCGAGAUGGGCUCAAAGAUUUCGGCAUCCACCGAGGUGUUUAUGUUGAACGUAGGGGUAAAAGUGUCAAGCGAAGGAGAAGGCACAUGAAAGAUGGCCGUGUGAAGAACGAGAUGUCUGUGGCUUCGAAUUCUUUUGGCCAAUGUGAGAACCGGAACGUCUCCAAGAAUGGAUGUGGCAUUCCUUGGAACUGGUCAAGAAUCCACCAUAGGGGCAAAGCACGUCUUGAUGUCUCGGAGUUGACGAGGUUGAAGAAUGCGAGUGACGAUGAAAAUACCCCUUCUCCCUCCCGAGGAUGUGCUGGUGGAGCUGAUCGGUUCCACGACGACUAUUCGGGUGAAUUGGGUAUUUUUGCAGAUAAUAAUGAUCUAAUGCUAAACCCUGAUAUCGACUCCGAUCUCGUUUCCGAAGCUAGAUUUGGCGGGAAAUGCAGUUCUCGAAGUCGUCGUAACAAUACUUUGAGGCACCAGAGCCUUACUCAGAAAUACAUGCCGAGGACCUUCAAGGAUCUGGUGGGGCAAAACUUGGUUGCAAAAGCUCUAUCAAAUGCUGUUGGGAAGAGGAAAGUUGGGUUGCUUUAUGUGUUUUAUGGGCCAAACGGCACGGGAAAGACCAGUUCUGCCCGAAUUUUUUCUCGCGCUUUAAACUGCCAAUCUCCUAACCAUCUUUCCAAGCCUUGCGGAGCCUGCAAUUCCUGCAUUUCAUAUGGUGAUAACAGGAAUGGUCUAAACAUAAGAGAAAUAGGGCCCGCGAGUGAUUUCGGCUUUGAGAACCUAAUGGAUCUUCUUGAAAUGAUGAAUGUUUCCCAGUACAGAGUAUUGAUCUUUGACGAUUGUGAUGAUUUGGGUACCCGUUCUUGGAAUUCCAUUCUGAAGGUCGCGGAUCGUGCCCCUUGGCGAGUUGUGUUCAUUCUUAUAUGUUCAAGACUUGACGUGUUGCCUCACACAAUCAUUUCCCGGUGCCAGAAGUUCUUCUUCCCAAAGCUGAAAGAUGCAGAUAUGAUACAUAUGCUGCAAUGCAUUGCUGUUGAAGAAGACAUAGAGAUCGAUAGGGAUGCUUUGAAACUUGUUGCAAUGAAAUCAAAUGGCUCUUUGAGAGACGCCGAGAUGACGCUUGAACAGUUGAGUUUGCUCGGGCAGAGAAUCUCCGUUUCAUUGGUUCAAGAAUUGGUUGGGCUUAUUCCAGAUGAGAAAUUGGUUGACCUACUUGACCUGGCAUUAUCAGCCGACACAGUCAACACCGUAAAAAGUCUGCGAGAGAUAUUGGAAUCCGGCAUCGAGCCAUUGUCUUUAAUGUCACAACUUGCUGCCAUUAUUACUGAUAUUCUUGCUGGUAGUUACAACUUCACUAAAGAAAGCCCAAGGAGGAAGUUCUUUCACAGCCAUGCAUUAUCUAAAGACGAUAUGGAAAAAUUACGGCAGGCGCUGAGAACACUGUCAGAAGCUGAAAAGCAGCUGAGAGUAUCAAGUGACAAAGUGACAUGGCUUACGGCGGCUUUACUUCAACUCGCGCCAGAUCAGCAAUAUCUAUUGCCCAGUUCCUCUGCAGAAACAAGUUUUGGUCAAAGUCCACUAGGAUUCAACCAUGGGAGUAAAGGAAAGCUGUUGAAGACCGAAAACGUUCAAACUCGGAGUUCAAGCAAGAAUUACAAGAGCACUGAGAAGAGAGGUAUUGCUGAUAUAAAACAACAUAGUGUUGCAGAUAUAUGGCUGGAUGUUAUCAAAAGGAUCAAGAUAACUAGCUUAAAGGAGUUCCUUUUUCGAGAAGGAAGGCUUGUUUCUGUUACAUUUGGCACAGCUCCAAAGGUGCGAUUAGUUUUCAGUUCACACGUGACAAGAUCAAAGGCAAAGAAAUUUAGAGUACAUAUAUCACAAGCAUUCGAAUCCGUUCUUGGAUCAUCCCCCGUGACGGUAGAGAUCAAAUGUGAAACAAGGAAAGAUUCCAGGUCAGGUGGGUCAACAAUCUUUCCCACAUCCCACGAGGGUUCAUCGUCUCACAUCCAAACAAGCUCCAGUCUUUACAGGAGACUUCAAGAAGAAAAGGAAGGGUCUUUGCAGGCGGCGUUUGGCUCUACCGGAAUAGGCGAAAAUGAGAUUGUGGAAUUAGAAGAGACUCCUCCAAGAGAGGAAAUCAAACAACUCGACGGGCACGUGAAGCCAGAGGUGAGAAAUUUGGGCAAUGGGAGUUGGAAUAAUAUGAGCUUGGUGAGAGGGAAGGUGACUCUUGCUCAAGUACUUCAACGGGCAGAAGAGUGUGCUCAGCUGCAGUAUGGAUGGUCCCACCGCAAGGCCGUCUCCAUUGCUGAAAAGCUUGAAAAAGAUAAUCUGAGACUGGAACCGCUAACUAGGAGCUUGCUUUGCUGCAAGGGAACAAGAGCAUCACGCCGUCGAAAGCUUUCGCGGGUGAAGACGAAAGGUAGGAGACCGAGAGCUUUGCUGAAGUUUGUCUCCUGCGGGAAGUGUCUCUCGGGCAUGUCUUCAAGGUAAGGGUAGGAAGAAAAACGCACCGGAUUCGAUGCACACGGAGGGAGGCAUAAGUGCAUCUUUCCCAUUUUGUACUUAGAAAAAAGCUAAAAAUUUUGUUUGCAAAAUAGUAUACAAUUUUUAUACCUGAGGUAGGAAGCAUAUGUACACCCUAAUAAAUGGGAGAUUAGAGC